AGGUCGCGUUCUCUCCGUAAGACGUAUUUAAACGACUGCCCUUCUCCACUGACAUCCAGCGCACUGAAGCAGCAUCACGAUGAUCAUCUCGCAUUUGGUGGCUUGUGGACUUAUUCUGACUCUUCUAUCAGUCAGCACGGAGACAAAACCACUAACGCAGGCAGAACAGAGGUCCCUGCGGAUGCUGUUGGGAGAGGAGCUGUCUGAGUUCCUGGUGUCCGAUGAGAGCCAGAGGAGGAUGGAGAACCGAGUUCGUCUGCUCCGGGACCUGCGCAUGGACACUCGGGCCAAGGGCCCCUGGGCUCGCAUCCUGAACGAGCAGCCCGGGUCACGCAGACACAAAGCUGGAUCUAAGAAGGGAGGAACGACGGCCAGGAGCGGAUGCUUCGGACACAAGAUGGACAGGAUAGGAACCAUGAGCGGGAUGGGCUGUCAACCCUCUCAUUACCCGUCUGCAAAUAAUCUCUCCUGAGCGAAUCACGGACGUCAUCGAUUUUGGACAGAACAGACUUGCUCCUCUUCUGAGGAAAAACCUAGAGAAUCGGACUCAUGGUACGAAGCCACUACGAGAAGCAUCUGUGGGGACAAUGAAGUGUACAAAUGAAAUAAAAUAAUUAGAUGACAUAUAUGUACAAAAUAAAAGAAACACAUGGCGGAUGACGUGGAUAAAAGCUGUAUAUUGUUGCUGCUGCUGUACAUUCAUGUAUUUCAUUCUCGCAUAAA